AUGGCAUCGUGCUCCGCCGGGCUGGAGGAGGAAGAGGAGGAGGAGGAGGGAUGCGUGCUGCAGCGGGGCCGAUCUCAGAGUGACCCGAGCAGCAUCACCGAGGUCCGCCUGGGGGAAGCGCACAGAGCAGAUGGGAUGGACCAGCAGAGGGCACUGCACUCGGGUUGCCUGGUCUCAGGGGUUCGCACGCCUCCCGUACGCCGCAACAGCAAGCUGGCCAGCCUGGGACGCAUCUUCAAGCCGUGGAAAUGGAGGAAAAAGAAAAACGAGAAGCUGAAGUCUCCAGCAACGGUGGAAAAGAAGGCAGCUGCACGACAUAAGAGAGAUGACCUCGUCAGGAGGAAGCCAGAGGAGACGGAGACAGAGUCAGAUCUGGCCUGCGGGGGGGACGGUGAAGAUCCAGACACGCCGACUCACUCUGACGCUGAGGACAGAGAUGAGGAGCCUGUGGCGCCUCUGGCCAGCACCAACGAAGACCUGGGCAGCGACUUAGAAGCUUCAACAGUGCAAGACCUGACAGAGGACUCAAACACCGUGGCAGACCCCAUUCAGAGUGACGAUGGAGGAGACGAAAGCAUCUCGCUGAGCGACCCCAGUGAGUCGCAGUCGGGGGGGAAGGCAAAAGCGGUUGAAGGGAAACAGGAGGCGCCUGUGGCCCAACCCCAGAGACGAGCCAGCACACCUCCUCCGCCUACCAUGCCGGUCAAACUGCUCCCCAGACUGGGCAGCCUUGACGGUGCUCCUCCGGUGUCGGUGAAGAAGUCCCCAGCCACCUUACCCAGAAACUUCACACUUCCCAAAGAUUUUCAUGGCUCCUUGUUGAGAGGCAGGAUGUCAACACCCACAGGGUCCCCCCACCUAGGGGCACUACACCCACAGCUGCCCCCUAGCUGUAUCAUUGAGGAACUGCAUCGUGCUCUGGCCACCAAACACAGACAGGAAAGUUUCCAGGCGCGCUCGUCCCCGAAACGGCGGAUGGACGGCCGCUUGUCCCGCGCGUCGAGCACGGAGAGGGAGCCUGCCGGGAAUUCUCAGAGCAAGAAGGAGUCUGACGAGAACAAAGAGAACUGGCGUCUGGACGAGUACUUGAACGACCAGGACAGCUGGAACGACUCUGUGAUCUCCGGCACCCUCCCGCGCAGGAUGAGGAAGGAGCUGCUGACUGUGAAGCUCCGAAACCGGCCCAGCAAGCAGGAGCUGGAGGACCGCAACAUUUUCCCCGUCCGCAGCGACCAGGAGCGGCAGGAAAUCCGCCAGCAGAUAGAGACCAAGCUGGCCAAGAGGCUGAGCCAGAGGCCGGCGCCGGAGGAGCUGGAGAGCCGGAACAUCCUGAAGCAGAGAAAUGACCAGACAGAGCAGGAGGAGAGGAGGGAAAUCAAACAGCGGCUGAACAGAAAGCUGAACCAGCGGCCGACUGUGGACGAGUUGCGGGACAGGAAGAUCCUGAUCCGCUUCAGUGACUACGUGGAAGUGGCCAAAGCUCAAGACUAUGACAGGCGAGCUGACAAGCCUUGGACCAGACUGUCAGCCUCUGAUAAGGCGGCGAUACGGAAGGAGCUGAACGAGUUCAAGAGUAAUGAGAUGGAAGUUCACUCAUCGAGCAAGCAUCUGACGAGGUAA